UAAUACAAAGAUUUCCUCAAUACAACUUUCAAGUAAUAAUCUUUUUAUUGCUUUCCCAGAGAAUAAUGAUGAACACCAAAAAGCUAAUCAAGAUGGCCAAGAAAUGGCAACAGAGAGCAGCUCUCCACAGGAAAAGAAUCUCAUUUCAGAAGUCCAGUGCUACCAGUAGCUCAACCGCUGUAGAGAAAGGAUGUUUUGUUGUUUACACAGCGGAUAACAAACGCUUUGCUUUUCCGAUAAGCUACCUAAGCAACUCUGUUUUUCAAGAGCUCUUGAAGAUCUCUGAAGAAGAGUUUGGCCUCCCAACCGGUGGACCAAUCACCUUGCCGUUCGAUUCAGUUUUCUUAGAGUAUCUCAUCAAACUGAUACAAGGAAGAAUCGAUGGAGAUACUGAAAAGGCUCUGUUAACGUCAAUCUCUAGUGCUACAUGUUCUUCACAACGCGCUUUGCAACUACAAGAACGGAGUCAGCAAUUGUUUGUAUUUUAGAGUAUUUGAUACCAUUACAAAAAGCUAUUUGUGAAUAUGGUUGCAGUUAGAUUACACUGAAAUACAAAACAUACACAAUUU